AUGGGAGGCCGGCAGUCUCCGUUAGAACCGGGCUUACUGUACCAGGCAAAGUUAAGGGGUGACCUCGGGGUAUCCGAAGAGGAUGAGGAGCUCGAGGGUUUCAGGCGGGAGGCGGCAGUGCUGCGUGACAAGCUGUGGGAGGCUCUCAGUCAUACAUCUGGUAACAAAAGGCAGUCCAGUUCUUUGAUCGACCUCGCCUCGGACAGUACCUGGGAUGAGCAAAAGCCUCACUUGUUUCCUAAAUCCCGCUUGAGACCAAAAAGCGCUUCAUCUCCCUGGAUUCCUUCCAUCACCAUCCCUCAGCCCUUCGAAAUGACCCUGCGGGAAGCUCGCAAAAAGUCCCAGUUGAUGAAAUCAUACAUGUUUCUUGAACUAGACAAGCAGAGAGACAAAAGGCAAAGCCAGGACGAAGCUGAAUGUCAGAAACAAUUCCGGGCACAGCCUGUACCUGCCCAUGUGUUUCUGCCCCUUUAUCAGGAAAUAAUGGAGCAGAAUGAGAUUCGCAGGCAAAUAGCAACACAGAAAAGAAAAGAGCUGCUACUUUCAACCCAGCGGCCCUUCAGUUUCCUGGAGAAGGAGGAGAAAAAGAAAGAAGCUAUCAGACAAAAGUUCCUGGCAGCGGCAACCCCGAAGGAGAGCUCCAAACAGAAGCAAACCAGUAAAAAAGUACCUAAAUCUACUUACAGUCCACUUCUUGGAGAUAAACUCAAAGAAGCUGAACUCUACAGAGAAAUCCGCAUUCAAAUGAGAGCCAAGGAUUUGCUUGAGAGCUCCGUAGCUCUUAUAGAUACUAGCAACUGUCGGAGGGAGCCUCAGUCCCGAACUGCCACUAAAACUAAGCAGGAGAGACUUGGCUUCUUGCAGGACAAAAGUUUCAGCUUCAAGCCAAGGAUUAACCCAACAAUACCAGAUUUUGAAGGACUUUACUGGGCAUUUCAGAGGGAAGCAGUAAGGAGACAAGAAAUCAAAGAGGCAACUCGUAAUAAGCCAUUCAAGCUAAGAACCACCAAUCUCCGUGCCAGGCAGAGGCAGGCUAAUGAAAAGAUAAAGGAUUCUCAGCAACUUUCCAAGGUUUCAGUGCAAAAAAGUCAUUCUCUGACCGGACUUUCCUCUCUCUCUUCGAACACCCUUCCAGUGCACAUUACAGAUGCAACUAGAAAAAGGGAAUCUGCUAUUAGAUACUCCCAAGAUAACAGAAAGGAAGGGGACAAACAAGGAAUUUAUUGGCUGGAGAAACAGAAAAAGAAAUGUCAAGCUAUCCAAAAGUCAGUGAACAGCCGAGCAAAAGCCCUGGAUCCGCAUAAAAGUCUGGAGGAAACAUACAAGGAGAAGUUGAAACAGAACUGGCAAAAUAUGAGAGAGAGAACAAAGGAAUACAGAAAGGAGCUGGAAGAAAUGCAGCUGCGAGUCAAGAACAGACCAUACCUCUUUGAACAGGUCACCAAGCAUGAUGCUCGUCAAGGAGCUGAGCGUCGCUACAGACACACCCUCCAGCAGGUUGGGCUAAGCGAAGAAUUUGUAAGGAAAAAAGGGAAAGACGCCACUGACUUGCUGGAAGAAGAAUCUAAUGUUCACAGAGCACCCAAGCCUCCGGGUGGAAAGGACGACUGUACUGUACAGGAAGGAGAACCUCCAGAGGAACAGAGCAGAAAGGAAAUGGCAACAUGA